AAAUCUAUUCGAACUUGUAGGCCCAUUACUUGAAAAUGUAUUAAUUAUUAGAAUUAUGUUUUGCUUGGACAAAGCUCUGUGAAGAGAAUCUUCGAUCUUCCCCCAAAAUCAAACCCAAAUCCUCUCCGCCGGCAGCCAACGCCGGCCAUCGCCGGAAUCCGAAGACGAGAUCGAUCAAGGCCAGCGUUCUCUUUUUCAGGGCUUAUAUUUUUGUUCUCAAAGCAUUUCAAAUCUCACUAGGUUACAUUGCCAAAAGGUAAUGGAUCUAGAAACAGAGAAUCGUCUUGCAGCCAUGCUAAUGGAAGAGGCGAGGAGAUUGAGGCUUCAGGCUGAAAAUGAAGGUGUUCAUGCUUAUCUCAAACCAAAUGUAAGGGCUCGCCCAAAUUCCCGCUUUCUCACAGCUACUGUUCUUGGAGUUCAACAAGCUAACAGAGCUGUUGAAGUAAGUGAAAUGUGGCGUGCUCGUGAUAAAGAGCUAGAGCUGGAUUCUAGACCACGAGACAUAUCAAAAAAUAGUAGCAGACCCCGAUCAGAAAAGCACUAUAAUGGACAUGUAGAAGGAAGACUGAAAUCUAGACAUGAAGAAAAUGAAAGAGUUUGUGCUUCCCGAUUGAAAUUUAGACCUGAAGAAAAUGAUAUAGUUUCUGCUUCCAGAUUGAAAUCUAGACAAAAAGAAAAUGAUAAAGUUUCUGCUUCCAGAUUGAAAUCUAGACGAAAAGAAAAUGAUAAAGUUUCUGCUUCCAGAUUGAAAUCUAGACAAAAAGAAAAUGAUAAAGAUUCUGCUUCCCUAUGUUCAUCAAGCAAACGUGCUUAUGAAGAUUCUUACCCCAACGAAGAUGGGAUGCAGGAUGAGGAAAUAGAGAAAUUCCUUCACUCCAGAAGAAAGCGAGGUAAAGGUGCCAUAGGUUCAAGGAUGGAUGAACCCGGUCCGUAUCUUUCUACAUCAUUGAAUGACAAUGAGCGGCUUUUGCUGCCUGCGGACGUGAGGGAGAAAGAAGAGUGGGAAAAGCGCAUUGUCGGGCCGGAAAAACCAUCUUUCAUGCAAACUAAAGAACACCUCAAUGAUUCUCACAACUCGACAGAUAGUGAAGGUGAUACGCUCCUUUCUGAGAAACAUCAUGUUAAAAAACAUAUUUCGAAGAAGGACAAGUCAAAAAAGAAAAAGCGAAAAGAGAGGAGAAGCAAACACCAUAAUAAGAAGCAGAAGAUAAGGUGACUUUAUGCAUACCAAAGUUCGCAUCAUUGCAUGAAUCCAGUAUUGGUUUUUGCUGCAAUGAUGAGCAUGUGUUGUUCGAAUUGAAACUUGUGAUGAUUGGAAAUAAGAAUUUGUAAUUUCUGAUGA